AUGAACACUUCAAAUCAGCAAUACUACGGCGGCAACAACGCCUACCAGACCCGCUCCGAUCUUCUUUCUGGUCUGCGCACCGAGGGUCUUGGCCUCGGUUCCGUCUUUUCCUCUCAGGCCAGCUCGCAGCAGUCCGCUGGCCGCAACCACGCCUCGUCCGGCUACCCGCAAACCGCCUACCCACAGCAACAGCAGCAGCAGCAGCAGCAAUAUCAGCAGCCGCAGAGCAAUGCAUACCGAACGCAAGACUCGCUUCGAGACAUUUCUGCGCUGCAAGCCAGUCUUGAGGACCAGCUGACUGCCAUGCGCCUGCAGUCCAACCCCUCCUAUGGGCAGCACGAUGCACAGCCCAACUACCAAGGCUACCACCAUGGAUUCGGCAACCAACAGCAGCAGCAAUACGCUCACCAACAGCACCCGCACCAGCAGCAAUACAUGCAGAUGCAGCUUCAGCAACAGCUUUCUCAGCAGCAGGCGGCAGUGCAGCAACAAAAGAUGGAGCUGCUUCGCCUUCAAGCGCUUCAGAGACAGCAGCAGGAGCAGCAGCAUCUGCAGUAUGGUCAGCAACAGUACGGCCAGCAGCAGCUCGCGGCUCAGCAGCGUUUGCUUCUCUCCCAACUUCAAGGAGGCAACAGCGAAUUAGACGGCGGAUAUUCCGCAGCCUCUUCUGCGCAGGAGCAGAGGCAGGCGGCUCAGGCUAGCAUUCAGGCCAGUCUGCGACAGCGCCAGGUCCAGCAGCUGUACCAGACCAUCGGUCUCGAGAGCGAUACCUACCAAAACUACUCGCAACAGCCGGCCAUGCAGCAUCAGCAGCAUCAGCAGCAAUCGCAGCAACAGUUGCAGCUUCAGAACAUCCUCAACCGCCACACUCGUAAGGUGAGCAGUGAAGGCCCGUCACCUUCCCGCACGCCUUUGGAUCAGCGAAGCUGGCGAGGAGGUGCUGCUCCUAGUGACGACAGGCUUCCCACGCCUCCCGGACACCGUGGCAGCUCGCCUGCAUCCAGCGUGCAUUCUCGCAAGGCGAUGCGACCUUCCUCAGGUACAGCCGAGAGCAUCCAGUCGAUGCGCUCCCGCACUGUCACCCCUUCCAUCGUCAUUGACGACAGUGCCUCGGAAGGCUCGCGAGCUCAGUCCGAAAGCGACCGCGUCGAAGGCGAUCAAACGCCCGAGACGAGCGAAGAGGACCUUGAGAUCAAUUCGCCCUUUGUCAAGGCUUUGUCGAGCACGCCCACCCCGCAGAACUUGACGCUGCAAAGGCAAGGACUCAACAACGGUCGCUAUGGCUCGCUAGGCCGAAGCGUCGCCAGCGCUCCCACUUCGACCAGCACAACGCCUCCUAUCACUGCUCCCAAAGCGAUCCCGCGUGCCAUCCACCUGUCGGCAGCACCUCAGCAUCGGGCAUUCAAGACCAACGCCUCGUCGCCAGAUGGCAGUCAGACGAUCAACAACGCUGGUCUUACACUGCCACCCAUCCAGCCGCGUCGCCAGCCCAAGGGACAGCCCAACGAUUUUCAGAAAGUCAACUUCCAGGCUCGCAUGAACAGCCGCCUGCGCAAGGACGCCAUGUCCAAGCUCUGUGCCAGUCCGCGUGCAGCCAGCUUCGGCGGCAACGGCAUGAGCUUCGGCGCUCGCUUGUCCAGCGCCGGCAGCAGCGUAGGUGUGCCUGCUGGGCCUUGA